AUGGACGUGGUCUUACGCUGGUUAAUAGUUGAAGCUGAGAUGACAAAGGCAGCCUCACGUACGCGUCUUAAUGAGGAUAUCCAGGCCUAUUUUACAAGAAUUGAACAACCUCUUGAGUUCUCAAUAAAAGAGGAUAUUCGCCGGAUUUUAGAGCCUCAAGAUAUAUGGUUCGAAUUCUUACAAUUCCGGCAGAAAGAAGGCCCAUUUUAUAAGGCAUCAUGUUGGCAACGAAGUAAUAUUAAAGAUUUCUGGCUUGAGGCAGGUGAGAUUGCUCCAGCACUUGCUUCCUUCGCAAAACGUCUUAUCAAUGCUAUUGUCAACUCCGCUGUUGCCGAGUGUGCCUUUUCUCUUAUGAAUUUACAACAUACAAAGCUUCCGCUGCCGAAAAAGCCUAAUAAAAAGGCAGAGGAAGUGCUACGGGAUAUUUUUGAGGAUGAGGACGAGGAGCGCACACGGAUUAUCACACAACAAAGAUAUCAAUUUGACGGGGUUAUGAAUAACCUCAAUUCAAUGGACGACCCCGAGAGCGAGGGUAGCCAGGAAACUACAGCUCUUAUUGUAUCAAGAGGCAUCAAGCGCCCGUGGGAAUAG